AUCUUUCGGAGGUGUAUGAAUGGGGGGCUCUAGAGAUCAUUUAGCAUCUCCAGUGGGAGUCAAGUUGGAGGAAAAGAAAAGGGAGGUCUCCUCCUUUUGUUUUCGCCCUUUCUUUCUCUCUCUCUCUCUCUCUCUCUCUCUCUCUCUUAGUGCAGACAUUUCUCUUGUCGCUGUUUUUACAUAAGGAGGGGAAUAAUAAAAUAAUAAGGGGUACCAUCCAAGGGGGAGGAGGAACAGCGACCUUCUUCUUUUGGUCUGUCUGAUAGGCCUCCAUUGUAAUUUUCUUCCCCCUCUUGCUCUUCCCUUUCCGAAGGCGAUUGUAGAAGAGGGGGAGCGGAGAAGGAAAGGGCUAAAAGAGAGAGACAGGGAGAGCGAGAGGAGGGAGACAAGGGAGACAAAGAUGGAGGAGGUCUGGAAGAGGCCUUCAAUCCCACAGGAAGACAGCGAUGGCUUCAAAGUCUAGAGCCCUCUCGAACCAACAACACAAGGAAGUAGGCAUCACCACCAGGAGGGAGGGAAAGAUGAAAAAAAGAGAUUACGCACACACCCACACACACACACACACACACACACAGAAGAACAAGAAGAAAAAGUCAAUUACUUUAAUCUUCCGAUUCUUUAAUUCGUCCUUUCCUUCGUUGCUCUUCAAUAUAUUUAUAUAUCAUCUUGAUUUCAGUUAAAUUGUCUCUGAACUUGCGCCUAGAUUUUUCCGGUCAAUUGAUUAAUUGUUGCUUAAUUGGUACGGGCAGCUAAAUCCGAAUUUUGGUCUGCCACGAUGAUGAUUGGUACACCGGCAUGGGAAUAGCGACGCCGCCUUCUCAGCCCUCUUGCGCCUACCUCAGUCCUCCGAAGCCCGUCUCGCGACCACCCUUUUCUAUGUCCCAAGGCUUCCACCAGGGCGUCUUCAGCUUCUCUGAUGGCUUCGAUCGGUCUGCCAGCCAAGAGCUGCAGCACCACGUCGCCCAGCAAAGCCGGCGGGAGAAGCUAAGAGUGCAAGGACUCGAGCCAGAAGAACAUCCGCUUGUCCCCAUAGAGGAGGAAGGCCAGGACUCCGUUAUCUAUGAGUCCGCCGCCGCCGCCGCCGCCGGGGCCAGCAACAUGCUCUCCGAGAUGUUCAGCUUCCCAACGAUGCCUGCACCUGCCACUUGUGACCUGCUCUCGGGCCAGAUUUCCACGAACUACCGCCAACCCCAGAGGCCCGGGCUGAUGGCCGGCUUCUCAGGGGACUGGUACGGUGCCACCCGACAAGGGGUGGUGCUGGGCGGUACUAACUUGAGCUCGCUUGGUGACUCGACAGGGAAGCAGCACCACGAUGGCAGCCAGCAGCGGCAUCCGAUGUUUGGGCUGAACGCCGACUCCACAGCAACGAUGCAGCUGUUUCUAAUGAAUCCGACGCUGCCGCCACCGCUGCUGCUGCAGCAGCAGCAGCAAAGGUCUCCAUCUCCACCACCACCAGCUCCCCCUCCCACUCACCGCCACCACCACCACCACCACCAAGCCUUCCAGUCCUUCGGCGAGGCAUCAUUCAGCGGGGGUGUGGUGGAGAGCCAGGGUCUAUCAUUAUCGCUAUCAUCAUCACUGCAGCAAUUCGAGAUGCCGAAAGCCGAGGAGCUGAGGAUUCGAGAUGGGGUGCUGUAUAACUUCAACAAUCAAGCACAACAGCAGUACCACCACUUACAAGGUCAGGCUCACGGCCAGCUGGUGCACAUAGGGUACGGGACGAUGGGAGCGGUAAAUGUGCUCAGGAACUCCAGGUAUGCGAGGGCGGUUCGGGAGCUCUUGGAAGAGUUCUGCAGCAUUGGAAGGGGCCAAUUGAAGGGGAGUAGGAUAGGGAGAAAUCGCGGCAGCUCUUCAAACCCUAACCCUAGCCAUGGUGGUGGGGGAGGCGUUUCUAGCUCCGUCGCCGGGUCCUCUUCAUCUUCUAAGGACCUCCCUCCUUUGUCUCCUGCUGAUAGGUUUGAGCACCAGAGGAAGAAGGCCAAGCUCAUCUCCAUGCUUGAUGAGGUCGACAGAAGAUACAACAAUUACUGUGACCAGAUGCAGAUGGUGGUGAACUCCUUCGACUCAGUCAUGGGGUUUGGGGCUGCGUCACCAUACACUGCACUUGCCCAGAAGGCCAUGUCGCGCCAUUUCCGGUGUCUCAAGGAUGCAAUUGCUGCACAAUUGAAGCAGACAUGCGAGCUCCUCGGCGAGAAGGAAGCUGGGAGCAGCUCAGGCCUGACCAAGGGGGAGACCCCAAGGCUUCGGUUGGUAGACCAAAGCCUACGGCAGCAAAAAGCUUUCCAGCAGAUGGGCAUGAUGGAACAGGAGGCUUGGAGGCCUCAGCGCGGCCUACCGGAACGCUCAGUGAAUGUUCUGAGAGCUUGGCUUUUUGAGCAUUUUCUUCACCCGUACCCAAGUGACGCAGAUAAGCAUCUGUUGGCAAGGCAGACAGGUUUAUCAAGAAACCAGGUCUGUCCUCUUGUCCCUCAAUUAUAAAAGAGACACCAGCUUUUCGGAAACCCAUGAAUAAUUGAUGCCCAGAAAAUAGUAAUU